AUGAAUAGAAAAGAAGGAACGGAGGAAAAUGAAGUUACUUCACUUGUAGCCGAUGAGCCAGAAUUAAUAAUUCGAUCUGAUCAUGGAUCGGUUAACGAUAUCGAUGAAAUAGUCAGCAGACUUAAACAUCGUUCUUCGUGCUCCAGUUGUUCUGCUAGUAUAGUGUACUUAUUCACUUAUUCUCCUGGCUAUUAUCGUUCCAGUCGAUAUCCUUCCAUUCGAUUGAGGCCGAGAUAUCCUUACAUGGAAUUCGAUGAUUUGUAUGGCAUCGUUGUAUGCGACCACAGUAUAGUUACAGACGAUAUACUAGACGAUUUAUUAAGAAAUUACCGUCGUUGGGAGCCGCCAUACUGGUAUGUAGAGGAUGGUAUAAUUUUGUGUUCAAUGCUGCCUUCCGGGAUGUCCUGGGGUUUAGGCCAUGCUAUGGAAGAAUUUGACGAAAUGAUAGAAGAUCCAGACUAUUUGAAACUCAAGCCUUACAUUAGGGACGUGGUUGAUCGAACAAUUCAUAGUUUGCGGCCUAUAGCCGAAGACCCUCGUAAAAGGGCGCAAGCUCUUUGUUACCACAAUGAAAUUAAGUUGAUUGAUUUUACAAUAGAACUAUAG